GCGAAUCUGCCAUCUUUGGCUUCUGUCGUGUUGGAUGCGUGGAGAACUCGCCUAACCUUUCAAUCAGUGCAAAUAUUGUACAAAAUGGCCAAAAAAACAACGCUAGAUAAGAAUAAUCAAAAUGAAAAUACAUCAAAAAACAAUGACGAGAGUGUUAUGAACGACAGUGCAACCGAUGAAGAGCCAAAUUUCAGUGAUCCUGAGGGUUACGUUGACGACAUCACCGAUGAAGAACUUGUGGGAGAUAUAUUAUCACAAAAGCCAUCUGAAACUGAUGGAGUUGAAUCGGUCAUUGUGGUAGACGGUGCUCCACAAGUCGAACCAGAACGUUUGGAAAAAUUUAAUACAUUGAUUAAUAAAGUAUUCGGUAAAUUCGGUACCAUUGUUAAUAAGUAUUAUCCGAAAAAUGAAAAUGGAAUCACGAAAGGAUACAUUUUUCUUGAAUACAACAAUCCACUGAACGCUGCUGCUGCAGUAAAGGCUACAAACAACUACAAGAUAGACAAACAGCAUACGUUUAAAGUAAACUUAUUCACAGACUUCAAAAAAUAUGAAGAAAUUCCAAAAGAUUGGGAACCACCCAAGCCGCAACCUUACAAAGCAGCCCAUGACUUACAUUAUUACCUUCUUGAACCAGAUGCAUAUGACCAAUUUAGUGUGCUUUGUGGAAAUGGUGCUAAUGUCGCAGUUCAAAUAUGGUUGAAUUCAGCACCCGAACCAUCUCUAGUUGAAGAACGUGCUAGGUGGACAGAAACCUAUGUUAAGUGGUCACCUCUUGGAACAUAUUUAGCCACUUUCCACAAGCCAGGUGUAGCUCUUUGGGGUGGACCAAAAUUCGAACAGCAAGCUCGGUUUAGCCAAAACGGCGUCGAAUGCAUAGAUUUCUCACCAUUGGAGAGAUAUCUUGUGACUUAUUCACCAAGAUUAGACGGCAGUGCCGAUCAAAAACGUUUGGUAAUAUGGGAUAUACUUACAGGACAUGAAAAACGAUCCUUUUUCCCUGAUGGUUCAUCAGUUUGGCCAAUUUUCCGUUGGUCUCAUGAUGAUAAAUACUUAGCUUGCAUGGGCCCAGAUAUUCUUAGUGUUUAUGAAACACCUUCAUUUGGACUUUUAGACAAAAGAAGUAUUAAAACACCUGGAAUAAGAGACUUCAGUUGGUCUCCAACAGAUAACGUUCUUGCUUAUUGGGUUCCAGAAGAUAAAGAUGUUCCUGCUAGAGUCACACUUUUAGAAUUACCUAAUCGUAAUGAAAUCAGAAAUAAAAAUCUUUUCAACGUUGCUGAUUGUAAAAUCUUUUGGCAAAAAUCAGGUGAUUAUUUGUGUGUCAAAGUUGACAGAUUCGCCAAGAAAAAAGAAAAAACGGAGCAAAAGUAUACAGGUAUGUCGUACAACUUUGAAAUCUUCCAUAUGCGUGAAAAACAAAUCCCAGUGGAUAGUGUUGAAAUGAAAGAACCAAUUCAUGCUUUUGCCUGGGAACCAGUCGGUAGUAAGUUUGCUAUCAUACACGGUGAAAUACCCAGUGUAAAUGUAAGCUUCUAUGAAGUGAGAUUCGGACAUCAACCAGCAUUAUUGAAAAAAUUGAGCAAGAAAGCGUGCAAUCAUUUAUUCUGGUCUCCAGCUGGACAGUUUAUCGUGUUAGCAGGAUUAACAACAAUGGCUGGAGCUUUGGAGUUUAUAGAUACAAAUGAUUUCACGAUCAUGAAUUCAACAGACCAUUACCAAACAUCUGAUGUCGAAUGGGAUCCUACUGGAAGAUACGUCGUCACGGCUGUUUCUAAUUGGAAAACAAAUGUGGACAACGGCUACUGGAUAUGGACAUUCCAAGGUCGUAUUCUAAAACGGGUUAACUUAAAUGCCUUCAAUCAAUUGCUGUGGAGACCUAGACCACCAACACUUUUAACACCGGAACAAAUAAAGGAAAUAAAGAAAAAUCUUAAGAGGUAUUCUGCUCAAUUUGAAAGCAAAGAUCGAAUGCGAUUAACGAGAGCAUCCAAAGAGCUCAUUGAUAAACGUUGUACUCUCAUGAAAUCAUUUAAUGAAUUCCGUGAUAAACGUAUGCAAGAGUGGAAUAGCCAGAAGAAACGUCGUUUGGAGUUGAGAUAUAAUAUAGAUACCGAUGAAUUAGAUUCAGAUACUAAAAAUGUUGAGGAAGAGGUCGUUGAGUUCUUUGUUAAAGAAGAAGUUUUCCCAAUGGAAGAAAAAUAAUUAAUUUAAUGUGUCAAGGCAUUAGUAUAACCGCAAACAUGUGCUCUUUACUUUAUUCAAUUUUGUUAUUGAAUAUUUUUUAUGAAAUCUUUGUGAAACAUUUUUAUGUAAUGCCCAAGAAAAUACAAAUGAUACAAUUCAUUUC